GAGUCUGCGCUCCGCCGUACGCGUCGCCCGCGCGUGUUCCGUCCGCAGCGCGCCGUGCUCGCGGCUCUCGCGAACCCCACGAACACUCCCUCUAACAAGUGUCUCGCGUGUUGUGCACCUCCAUCUCGCGCGCGUGUGUGUGUGUGUGUGCGUGUCAGUGUGCGAAUUCCACCGCCCUCUGGAUUUGUGUGGAAACCAAGUGCAGUGUGUAGUCUUAGAUUUUUAAAUUAGCUUAAUAGCCCUUAUUCUAAAGAAAGUUUUCGUAAAUAGCUGGAAAAGUGAUUAAAUGCAGUGUUGGUGAAUUUUCUAUCGCUGGUUUAGUGCACAGCAGAGGUGGAUGACUGUGGAUUUGCAUCCUGGUCCCUCUGCUGGUUAAAAAAAUUGAAAUGAGUGUGUGAAAUCGUGUUCCCUGCAAGAGAAGGAUACCGGAUCAGUCAGUCGCCGUCGGAUUAUUGUGUUCAGUUAUCAAAAAAGAGUCCGAUACCAGGAUUUGGUCGGCUCUUAGUGUGUGUUUUAAGUGUCCCUACGGGGAAGUUAGUGAUGUGUGCGCAUUUUAUGGAUACAACCGACUGACUUUGGAUACUUACACACUCAGUCUAAGGAUUAUCGCGGCGCCGGUGUGAGGGUCGCAGUGAUGUGGCUACGGUGAAGCAGGGCCUAGCCAUGGGCCGUGCCGCGGACCUGGCGGCCUCGCGGCCCCCGCCCGCCCGGCGGCCCAGCGCUUGGCGGCCCGGCGCCCAGCCGCCCACGGCGCCCACCAGCAGGCCCGCCAGGCCCGCCAGGAGGCCGCCGGCGGGGCCCGGGCCGGCCAUGGCGCGGCUGGCGCAGCUCGUGCCCCUCGCGGGGCUGGGCCUCACCGCCCUCCUCUCUCUAGUCACCGUCUCAGCGGAACAAGUCGUGCUGCUGGACACAACGCAAGAACCAACUUUAGAAUGGACAAGGUUUCCCUACGGACCCAACUCCGUGACACCAGGGUGGGUGGAGGAGUCGUUCACCAACUUCGACAAGGGCAUCAACUGGCGGUCGUACGUCGUGUGCGACGUGGCGUACAACAGCGUCAACAACUGGCUGUGGACGCCGUUCAUCGAGCGCGGCACCGCCAACCGCAUCUACAUCGAGAUCAAGUUCACCAUCCGCGACUGCUCGCUGUUCCCGGGCAACGCGCUCUCCUGCAAGGAGACGUUCUCGUUGCUGUACUACGAGUUCGACGCGGCGACCAAGGAGCCGCCGCCCUGGGAGCCCGAGAGCUACAAGAUGAUAGGCCGGAUAGCUGCCGGGGAGGGCCGCUUCAACCAGCCGACCAACAGCGAGGUCAUCAUCAACUCGGAGGUGAAGUCCAUCCCCGUCAACAAGAAAGGGGUGUACUUCGCGUUCCGGGAUCAGGGCGCCUGCAUCUCGCUGCUCGCCAUCAAGGUGUACUACAUCACGUGCCCGGAGACGACGGUCAACUUCGCCCGCUUCCCGACGACGCCGACGGGUCGCGAGGUGACGGUCAUCGAGCAGGCCACGGGCAAGUGCGUGGACAACGCCGAGGAGGUGGAGACCCCCACGUACCUGUGCAAGGGCGACGGCAAGUGGUACCUGCCCACGGGCGGCUGCAAGUGCAAGGCCGGCUUCGAGGCGGACGUCGAGAAGCAGUCCUGCAACGUUUGCGCGCCGGGGAAGUACAAGCACGGCACCGGGGACGACCGGUGUCAGCUCUGUCCGGAGCACAGCAAGGCUCCGGACUAUGGCUUCUCCGAGUGUAGGUGCAAUGGAGGCUACUACCGUGCUCCUAGCGAUCCGAAGAGUAUGCCAUGCACUCAACCACCCUCAGCUCCACAAAACCUGACAGUAAACUUUGUUGACCAGUCAACUGUUAUUCUGUCAUGGUCAGUGCCACAUUUCUUAGGUGGCAGGUCAGACACCAUGUAUAGAGUUGCUUGUGAUACAUGUGGCAAUAGUGUAUCCUAUAUUCCUAAUUCGGAUGUUUUCAAUGACACAAAGGUGACCAUCACCGGUCUCAACCCAGUUACCCAGUAUCGAUUCAAAGUAUUUGCAGAGAAUGGUGUGACAGAACUUGUUGGGGAAAGUGACUUUGUUGAUAUCACGGUUACCACAGAAGCAUCUGUCACUUCAUCCGUGACAAAUGUUAGAGUAACCAGUGUUAAAUCAACUGAACUAUCACUUGCGUGGGAUGCUCCUUUAACUAAUGAAGCAACUGACAAUGAAGGAGAUACUGUGGAAGUCUACGAGGUUCGUUGCCAUCCUCGAAAUAGUGAUAAUAAUGCUACCAGCCAACUCACUAAGGAAAACCAUGUAACAAUCACUGGACUACGCCAACGCACAGAGUAUGGUUUUGCUGUACGAGCAAAAACUACUCAUGGUUGGGGAGAUUUUAGUCCCACAAUAUUUAAGACAACAGGACAAGUUUUAGCCUAUGUUGGUGAUGAUGAUAACAUGCAAGUUCGAAUUAUUGCUGGAGCAACAGUUGCUGUUGUAGUUUUAUUGGUCAUCAUCAUUAUAAUGACAGUUCUGUUUUUGAGGAGCAGAGGCAGUGAUGAAUGUAACAAGAAACAACCCAGUGAUUGUGAUACACUUGAAUACCGUAAUGGUGAAGGACUAGUUGUCACAUACAUGCAUUGCAAUAUGGAUAAUCCCCCCAUUGUAACAACCCAUACCAAUGGAAUGACAACGCCUCUCUUCACACAAGUGGGGCCGUCAUCUCGGACAUACAUCGACCCCCACACUUAUGAAGACCCCAACCAGGCUGUACGCGAAUUCGCACGUGAAAUUGACGCAUCCUGUAUAACCAUCGAAGCCAUUAUAGGUGGUGGUGAAUUUGGUGAUGUGUGCAGGGGAAAACUCAAGUUGCCGCCAGAUGGGCGCUUAGAAAUAGAUGUUGCUAUUAAAACAUUAAAGCCAGGAAGCUCAGAUAAAGCAAGAAAUGACUUCCUAACUGAAGCAUCUAUUAUGGGUCAAUUUGAGCACCCAAAUGUAAUAUUCUUACAAGGUGUUGUCACCAAAAGCAAUCCCGUUAUGAUAAUAACAGAGUACAUGGAAAACGGGUCUCUUGACACUUUUCUUAGGGCAAAUGAUGGAAAAUUCCAAGUUUUACAACUAGUUGGAAUGUUAAGAGGUAUAGCCUCUGGUAUGCAAUAUUUGUCAGAAAUGAACUAUGUACAUCGAGAUCUUGCUGCACGAAAUGUGUUGGUAAAUGCACAAUUAGUCUGCAAAAUUGCUGAUUUUGGAUUAAGCAGAGAAAUGGAGAGUGCCACUGAAGGGGCAUACACAACAAGGGGUGGUAAAAUACCUGUGAGAUGGACAGCUCCAGAGGCAAUAGCUUUCAGAAAGUUCACUUCAGCAUCAGAUGUCUGGUCAUUUGGCAUUGUCUGCUGGGAGGUGAUGUCAUAUGGUGAGCGCCCAUAUUGGAAUUGGAGCAAUCAAGAUGUCAUCAAGUCUAUUGAGAAAGGGUACAGAUUACCAGCGCCAAUGGACUGUCCAGAAGCUAUUUAUCAGCUCAUGCUGGACUGCUGGCAGAAGGAAAGAACGCAUAGACCUACGUUUGAGUCUAUUGUGAAAACACUGGAUAAACUUAUACGAUGUCCUGACACCUUACGAAAGAUUGCCCAAAACAGGACUGUCAAUCCUCUAGCACCUGAUGCACCAGAUAUGACACAGUUCACAACUGUGGAAGAAUGGCUCAACUCUAUUAAAAUGACUCGUUAUUUAGAAAACUUUGAACGUGCGGGUAUUACAAGCAUGGAUGCUGUAGUGCGUGUAACAGUGAAAGAACUUACAGCCCUUGGCAUUACUCUUGUUGGACAUCAAAAGAAGAUAAUGAACAGUGUUCAAGCUAUGCGUGCACAGAUCUCAGCGAAUUUGUCUGAGGGUUUCCUGGUGUAACUAGGAGCACUUCUCAUGGACAUAAAUUGCCAAUAAGUGGUGCUCAAGAUUCAUCAGAACUGUGAAAACAAGCCUAGUGUUCAGUGUUUGUAAAGUCUGAUUGCUUUCAUUGUAACUCACUUUUUUGUGAAGAAAGCAUUUAUUAAAAAUCAAGGAAUUAGACAAUGAGGUUUUAUACUUUCAGUGUUAAAACUUAAUGGGUUAUUUACUUUUUCUCUGGAGAGCAGUAAAGAUUGUUUUUAAAUCUUAAAUUGUUAAUAUAUCAAUGUGUUACUGCAACACAUUUCAAAAACACAUUCGUCCACGCACUUCAAAUUGUUAACUAUAAUACUUGUUUUUUGUCUAGUUUUUUUUUUUUUUACUUUUUUUUGAACAAAUAUUGAACCAAGUAUUUAAAAAUAUGUUUGGAAACUCAGUGUGAAAAUGCUCUGCGUACCCCUAAUAAUUUCAUUAAAGGUAAAAAAAAUAUGUCAAACUCGCAUUUGCUGGACAGAUUUUUUUUGUUUUCCCUACACUAGUAGGGAGAAGAUACCCCUGUACUUUGUUGUACAUUUGUAAAAAUUAUUACCGAUUCCAGUGGAUGGGCGCUAUUGUUUAAAUGUUGCCAAAUGAAAUAGGUGAAUUGAAUUAUAUUUCCAUGCAUAAAUACUAUGCUAGGAAUCUUGUGAUGUUAAAGUUUAAUUAUAGCCAUGGAACAAGUCAAUGCUUUGUAAUUUCAAUUAUUGUUUGUAUUAUGUGAAAAAAUGUAAAUUUUAAAUGAGGUUCAUUGUAAUUAUUAUUUAUAAGUUUGCCAGAACGUAGGUGGAUUUGGCUUUGCCUUUAUUGGAAGUUUCUGUCUACCUUUCUCCCAUCCUUGUCCUCUUUUUCUGUUUUCCUUCACUCUAUGAAAAUAAUGUUUUAACUAUGUAGUAAUUUGUCAUUGUUCUUAUCUUUUGUUUCUUGUUUGGUUGAUUGUUUUUUGUUGUUUUUUUUCCAAAUUUGUGGUAACUUUGUUUAAUAUUUUAAAAUGAAAACAGUUAUUGCAAUAAUAUAGGGACUGAAUUAAAUACAGCACAAUUCUGUUAUCAAAAUUCACUCUGCCCGAUUGCUGGAAAUCUACCCCCUGGUAGUUUGUUUUGCUUUUCUAUUUUCAUGCUAUGAACAAAUGCAUCAACAACCUCAUUCUCAUCUCAUUGUAUUAAUGCCCUCCUGUGUAUUGCACAGAUUCUCAGAGGUUGUCCCCAUAAAACAAAUGUGGGCUGGCAUUGUUAUUCUUCAAACCACAAUUCAAAUCAAUGCUACUUUUCCAUAAUGCAGUUAAAUACAUUCAAGUAAACUUUUCGAUAUUGUUAGCAAACCCAUUUUUCAUAAUGCUUAAACUUGUCAGUUUCAACACAAUUUUAGGUUUGAAAUAUUUUUUUAAGAAAAGCUUGACGAAAUUCUACACAUUGUGGUUUUGCUGCAACCUUUUGGUUAUUUAUGAACAUAUUAAACAGAAUUCUCAAAUUAAUGUGACCUAUGAUGUUAAAUGAGUCAUUAGUGACAAAAUCUAAUAAUUUGUUACAUGUGAUGAUUUUUAAACAUACCAGGGGUUUAACAAUAUUUGAUCCAAAAGGGAGCUCUCUACAACUCACCCCACUCUCUUGUUAUCCCCCAGGUGAGGGGGGCCUCUCUCCUCACAUGGGGGAAAACAAGUGGAAGGAUGAGGCGGCCGGAGUGAAGAGAGCCCAUAUUGGGACGGAAUUGAAUUAUCAGACAACUUGAGUUGUCUGUCAAUGACCUAAACAACAUAGUUAGCCGGAUUUGUAUUUAGUUUUAUUGUAAUUUUUGAAAUUUUGUUUCCUCCUUUCCAUUCCACUAACAGCGAUAGGGCUGGGUUCAUUUCACAUUGUUGUUACAGCUUUGAUUGGAUUCUUCUCUAGUGCAGACUACGUCAUUGAUCUUUUCCACUGAAAUAAAUACGUAGUAUUUGUUGAAUAUUUUUCUCUGUUUCUGGCUGAGAAUAGAAAGUGUCAAUCUAAUUGGGUGUCGUUUUUUUAACUCCCAUCACUCUAUACAGAUAAAAAAGGUAUGGUUGACUAUGACUUUUACUUGAAUUCAUGCUGUGAUUAUAUUUUCCAUGUAAUAUUCCUUUUGAAAACAAAACAACAAGUGUUUGACUUGUUAUGAUAACCAUAAUUUUUGCAGAAGCUAUAACAGCAAGAAUACAUUGUUAACUUGUCUUAUCAGACAAACAUUUUCUUAUUUAUUUUAUUUCAUUCAUCCUAAGCGGCCUCGAGUUUAAAAAGAAAUAUCUAGCUUUCAGCUGUGUUUCAUGCCAAAGGAUUUUUGUUGUUAUUGUUGUUGUUAGUGCAGUCACUAUCUAUACUCUUUCAUUUCAUUUCUUGUUGUUCUAGCUUCUGAGUUUUAUUUAACUUGCAUGUGGGCUUUUAAAUGACUUUCUUCCUUUUUUCUUUUUUUUUUUUUUGUUUCAGCUGAGCGCUUUUGAAUGUAAAUAUGAAGUGUUGCAUAAGAUAGCUCUCUUACAGUUUGCAAAUUUGUUUAAUUUAUGUCUUGGCUCGUUACUCUUUUUUCUUUCAAUUUUAUGCAAUGCAAUAGAAACAGUCUCCUUCUCCAUUUAUGUUGAAAAUACCUAAUACUGCAGUUGAAUAAAUGUAAACAGAACCAUCUAAUGGGAACCCUAGAUCAUUGUGAUGUCUACGUGACAUUUGAGGGAUGAUCCCUGAUCUCAUAAUUUUUCGUUUAUCUAUCUAGCAUGCCACAUACGAUUCUCCUGCAAUAACUUCCAAAUGUUUGAAAUUUUUGUUCAGCUUAUAAAGUCUCCUGGAGUCCAGUCCAUUGCCAAUACUAAAGUGGCUUAAACAUUUUAAGAAUGCAAACACUUUGCCCUUAACUUCUUGUUGAUCUAAGUGAGAGAGCAAUUCAAAAGUGAAUUAAUAUAUUUCAAAUCUGAAAGCAGACAACAAAAUCAUAAAUAAAAUUUUAAAAACAAUAAUUUAGAAGGCCAGAGCUCUACAUCAGUUCCUAUCAGUAUUUGUUAAGUUUAUAUAGUGUUGUGCAAUCUACGUCCCUUAGAACAAAAACUGCAUCAAAUAUUUUUAAAUUAAUUUGUAGACCAAAACACAAAAACCCAUGCUCUCUCACACUGUACAAGUCAUUGAUAUCUUUAUGUACUUUUAUAUAAAUGACACUGUAUUAUAUCCAGAUGGAGGAAUCAUAGGAUGGUGAUAUUUUCAUAUCUUAACAGAAUUGUAUGUUCAAAGCCUACUGAAAUCUACCUUACUCUUGUAAAUUUUAUUAUGUAAAAUUGUGUACAUGGUUAAGACAUAUAUUUCCUUUCAUUCCUGAAUAUAGACUGCCAGAAAAAACUCCUGUGUGCAUUAUUGUUUCCAUUCCUCGGAAAUUAACCAGUCUGCUCAUAUACGUUGAAAACUGUUUUAAAUAAAUGCUGACAAAACAGCCGUCAACGACACCAUA